AUGGAACAGGUUCUAACAAACCAACAAGAAAGUUCGGAGAAUGGAAUAUUAUCAUGGGUUGAAGAUCAAUCUGAGCUUUCUCAGAAAAAACUUUUAAAAAAGAGGGGAAAAAUAUGUUCCAACGCAUGUAAUAAAUGCAAGAGGGAUAAAAAAAAGUGUGAUGGAGACUCUGAAACAAAAAAAGCCUGUACGAAUUGCAUUGAUCGUAAAAGGGAAUGCAAAUUUUCAAACAUUCGUCGAAAACCAAGAGCAAAUAUUCAAAACAUUCAGCAACUAAUAAACAGAAUGGAAAUUAUUGAGGAAGAAUUAAAAAAAUUGAUUGAAGAAAUAUCUUUUAUUAAACAUAUAAAAAAUAUUUUUUUCAAAAUGAUUAAUCCAUCGACGACAAACGAACAAGUAAUGGAGUUGAGAAAAAGGCUUUUUGAAGAAUUAACAAAAGAACCGGAAAACCAAGAAUUCUUUGAAAAUAAAAUUAGUAUUGAAUCGCCUUCAUCGAGUUUACCUCUGUUUAACUCUUAUGAAGAUUUAUCUUCCGAAUCAAUGUCAUCUCAAAUUAAGUUUCCCGAUAGUCUUUCCUUCAAUUUUAACGAUUUAAUGGCAAAUAAAGAGCUUUCGAAAAGUGAAAACGAUUCAGCGCUUUUGGAUGGAGAAUAUUUUCAGGCAGAAAAGCAAUCAGAAGAAGAAAAACAAGCUCAAGAAACAAAAAGCUAUCAAGCAGAAAAUACAUAUGACGAACGAAAAAGAAAAUCCGAAAAACAAAAAAAUAAAGACACAAAAAAACCACGAAAAAAUGCUAAAGGAACAACAUCCAAGCAAACAGGAAAUUUUCCAGGGAUAUCAGUGAUAUAUCCAACACCUAAAGGUUACGAAACUCAUAAAUUUGUCGCCAGUGAAAAUGCUCAAUAUAAAUCAUCACCUUCACCAGUUUUUCAUUUGGGGUUAAUGACAGUUAACAACAAUUUAAAUGAAAAUAAUCCGAAUUUACAAGCAGCAACGCCAACUGCAGAUUCUUAUUGUUAUCAAACCUCAACGAAUAUUGAACAAAAUAGUUUCAUUAAUCAAUUUGUUAUUCAACAAUUUCUCCUUUCGAAUAAUAUGACAACUGGAAUUUGUCACCCAGAAACCGAAUUCUAA